AUGCAGGUAUGAUCUGUUUCGAAGAGACCGAGAGCUGAAAGGAGAUGAUCUGGUGAUCUACAGGAUGAUGGAGCCGUACACCGGCCUCUACACGUGUGUGGUUUCAUAUCAGAUGAACGGACGCACGCUCCAGUUCACACGCAACAUUAACGUCAUUGCUGUUGUUCCUGAUGUCGGCAGUAAAGUUCCCAUCAUCCUGAAUCCCGCGAGCGAUCAGAUCUACACGGUGACUCUAGGAGAUACAGUGACACUGUCCUGUCGUGUGCAUCUGCCUCACCUGUAUGAGGAAAAGCAGCACAUCUGGUGGACCAUCGAUAACAAAACCGUGGAGCAACUCGCCGACCCACGAUUCAGCGCACUCGAGGACACGCUUGUGUCAUAUGAUUACGGUGACGAGUUGAAAGAACGAGUCCUGAAUGUGAUGGAUUUUUCAGCUGACGACCUGCAGAGGGAGUUUAACUGCUCCGCCAGAAACAGCCGUGGGUUCAACACCAGCCGAGCCGUACUGAAGACCGAACCGUACGUCCCGACUCUAGAGCUGGGCUGUGGUUUAGGUGUGACGCUGGCGCUCAUGUUGAUGAUGUUUGUCAUCUAUCACGUGUUCUGGCUCGAGCUGCUGCUGCUCUAUCGCUCAUGGUUCGGCUCUGAUGAGAGAUACACAGACGAUAAGCAGUAUGAUGUGUACAUCUCAUACGCUCGCAACAGUGAGGAGGAGGAGUUCGUUCUGUCCACGCUGCGUCGAGUCCUGGAGACUGAGUUCGGUUACUCUGUCUGCAUCUUCGACCGGGACAGUCUUCCUGGAGGAACUAUAACAGACGAUACGCUGAGGUUUGUGGGUCAGAGCCGCAGGCUGGUGGUGGUUGUGAGUCCGUGCAGCGCUGUCCGCGGGACACAGGCUCUGCUCGAGCUGCAGGCUGGACUGACCAGCAUGCUGCACGGCGGCAGCCUCAGGGUGGUUCUGAUCCAGUUCAAACCGGUCCGGAGGAAGAGCUGGGUCAAAGAGCUGCGCCGGGCCCGGCUGGCGCUGACACUCAUACGCUGGAAGGGCGAGAAAUCGGCCCCUCUGUCCUCACGCUUCUGGAAACAGCUGCAGCUCGAGCUGCCCAUGAGGAGGGACACACAACACACACACACACACACCCAGCUACCGGAUAUCACACAACACACACCCGACACACACACACAAAACACACGUCAGGCAGAAGAGAAACUCAGCGAUCCUUAUUCUACCAGUGCCUUAUAGACAACCAGCAUACGUACCCUCGCUCACUUGAUUUGUAUAGCGCUUUUCACAAUAUGCAUCAUUUAAAAGCAGCUUUACAGAAAAAAAGAAAUAGUAGAUGUCAUAUAGGAGUUUCAGUGUAGAUUUAGUAUUACAUUUGUACUAUUAU